CAUAAGACUAAGAUGGCCGACUUUAUUUGAUCGAAAACAAUCGCGAAGUGCGGACGCAAAGUCGAGUGCGAUCCUCCUCGGGCCCACAGACCUGACAGUAGAGAAAAACCACCCAAGUAGAGAGGGAACACCAGCUCGCACUAGAGCACCAGUAGUACCCGUGCAUACAAUACGGCGGCGGUCUCGAAUCCGAAUCGUCAACUCUCGUCCAGGCGCAAGUGUUUAGGCUUAUCGGUUGUGUUCGCGGAAUACACUCUGGGACAGUCGAACUUGGCUCUGCGCUAAGAUCAAGUGAUCGUGAGUGUGCAGAGAUCACUAUUUUUUUUCCUUAAUGAGUUCAGUGACAGAAAAUAACGCAAGUUUCGAUGAUUACAAAAAGUCGAAUCUGUCGAAGUGAAAGGAUCAAGAAGUGUUCUGUGAGUUUUAUCGAUCGCUAGAUCGAUUUGAAUAAUCAGCUCUGUUGUACCGAACCCGCAAGUGCAAGCUAUGCAAAUACGCAAGCAGCGUAAAGGGAAGAAUACAAGAAACAAGAUGUCAUGAAACAUAAAAGUUUUGGCGGAGUGUUUCAGUGGCGUAAGUUAUUCUCCAACUGCCUGGUCAAAAGUCGACCUACAGCAGUUCUGCUUGCCAGAGGCAAAAGUGGCUCGUUCCUGGAAGAGUGCGGUGAUCCGAGAAAGCUGAGUGUUGUAAAUCCCGCACAUGCUGAUCCUCGUAUAUGUUAUUAGGAAAAACAAACCCAAGAGAAGUAGUGUGAAGUGAAUUGUACGGCAACAUAGUAGGGCGAGUUUUUCUCUUCUUCUGAAGCUUGUGCAGCACAGAGGGGAAGUGACGACUGGGAAGGCUUCAAAACUAGAAAUAGUGUCAAAGCCGAAGUGAGUGGGAGUAUCGAUUUUGUUUCUUUCGUCUUUUGCCUGGUCCUUGUUGAUCUAUGCUUCUGCUUCUGUUCGAAGAAGUGCUUUACGAAAAGCAAUCCGAAGAAAAAUAUGUUAGUUGAUCAAGAAAUAAUAUAGUAAACGAAAAAGGGAAAAUAACAUACCAUCUAGAUCCAACUGGAAAUGGAGCUCAAAAUCGGGUCAAAUGUUUCAGUGAAAUAGCCGCCGCGAGUGUUACCAAUCACAACCCGACAGGAUAGAAAACCCCAAGUGUGGAUGCUGCAACGGGCCGAACGGGUUUCGAUAGCAAAGGCCUUAUCAGCCCAAGGGAGCAGCGGAUAGUGUGCUGAGAAGAAGAAUAUUUUUUGGGCUUCGGGAAAAAAAAGUAUGGUAGUGCCAACGAUGGAUAGUCUGCCGCGAGUACCUGACACCCACGGGGACACCGUCGACGAGAAGGUGUUCUCCGACCUGUACAUUAGGACUAGCUGGUUCGAUGCGUCGAUCGCGCUGGAUCAAAUCGAAAAGGGCAAGGCGCGGGGGAGAAGGUCAGCCGUCUACAUGCGAUCCCUGUUCCAGUCCCAUCUCUACAACCUCGGCUGUUCGAUACAGAAACAUGCGGGCAAGGUGUUAUUCGUAGCAAUAUUAGUUCUAAGUACCUUCUGCGUAGGCCUCAAAUCUGCGACGGUGCACUCCAAGGUGCACCAACUGUGGAUACAGGAGGGCGGCACGUUAGAACACGAACUAGCCUACACGCAGAAAUCCCUCGGUGAAAUGGACUCCUCGACGCACCAGCUAUUGAUACAAACCCCCAAGGACAUGGAAGCCUCGAUACUGCACGCGAACGCACUGCUAACGCACCUGGAAGUGGUCAAACAAGCGAUAUCGGUCCGGGUACACAUGUACGACAUCGAAUGGAGCCUGAAGGACAUGUGCUACUCGCCGAACAUACCGAACUUCGAUACGCAUUUCAUUGAACAGAUCUUCGAGAACAUCAUACCGUGCGCAAUCAUUACCCCUCUGGAUUGCUUCUGGGAGGGCAGCAAGCUACUUGGACCGGAAUACCCCGUUGUAAUACCACAUCUGGCAAACAAGGUACAAUGGACUUCGUUGAAUCCGCAGAAUCUACUCAAGGACAUCAAAGCUCAAAACUACCAGUUCCCAUUCGACACCUUGGAGCAGUACAUGAAGCGUGCGGGCAUCGGAACCGGCUACACCGAAAAACCUUGUCUCAAUCCAAAGGACAAGCAAUGUCCGGAAACUGCUCCCAACAAGAAAAACCAACAAACCCCAGAUGUUGCGUCAACCCUAACCGGAGGAUGCUACGGUUUCGCGGCAAAGUACAUGCACUGGCCCGAAGAACUGAUCGUUGGUGGCGCCACGCGCAACCGAUCCCAGCACUUGAAAACCGCCAAAGCGCUGCAAACCGUUAUCCAGCUCAUGGGCGAACGAGAAAUGUACGACUACUGGAACAACCACUACAAGGUGCACCACAUCGGAUGGAACCCGGAGAAGGCCGCCGAAGUGCUCAAUGCCUGGCAGAAGAAGUUCUCCGCUGAGGUCAACAAGAUCAUGCAGACGGAGGUCAAACCUCUCUCCUACUACGAGGUGUUCGCCUUCUCCUCGGCAGCUCUGGACGACAUCCUCGGCAAGUACUCCAACCCGAACCCAAUCAGCCUGGGGAUCGGAAUUGUCGUCAUACUGGUCUACGCAGCAAUCACGCUUCUUCGGUGGAAAGAUCCAGUCAACGGGCAAAGCGGAGUGGGUGCUGCGGGUGUUCUACUCAUCGGAGUUACCACCGCCGCUGGAUUGGGAUUCUGCGCCCUGCUCGGAAUCGCUUUCAACGCCGCAACUACGCAAGUAAUUCCGUUCCUUGCCCUCGGACUCGGUGUAGACCAUAUCUUCGUACUGACCCACGCUUACGCCGAACGAGAUAACAACGAACAAACCGGCCAAGUACUCAAGAAAGCUGGUUUAAGUAUUCUCUUCAGCGGUGCAUCAACUGCCGGUUCGUUCUUCGCAGCUGCUAUGAUCCCCGUUCCAGCACUUCGCGUAUUCUGCUUCCAAGGAGCGGUCUUGCUCGUUUUCAACCUUGCCGCUGUUCUUCUAGUGUUCCCCGCUAUGGUGUCCCUAGAUCUACGACGAAGACGCGCUGGACGUUCCGACAUUCUCUGCUGCUGCCUACCAGCACUUCCGACAACGAACAACGACCUCAAGCAACGAUCGCAACAACAAAACGCUAACGCUGAUGACUCCCUCAUCGACUGUCCUACAAAAGCAUGUUUUAGCUUCUCCAUCUCGAAGUUCGCCGUCAAGCACUACGCACCCUUUAUCACCAAGAGCUCGAUCAAAGUUCUGUCCAUGCUAAUGCUAACGGGAAUCAUUGGCGUUUCACUGUUUGCCUCUAUGAAGCUUCCCGACGGCCUAGAGUUAACCGACCUCGUCCCACAGAACACCAACGAGCACAAGUUCCUCAGCGUGCAAGGCAAACUGUUCGGAUUCUACAGCAUGUUCGCCGUAACGCAGGGAGACUUCGAAUACCCGACCAAUCAGAAGCUGCUGCACGAAUACCACGAGGCGUUCGUAAGGGUAUCCCACGUGAUCAAGAACGACAACGGAGGCCUGCCCGAGUUUUGGCUGAGCCUGUUCCGCGACUGGUUGAUCAACCUGCAGAAGGCGUUCGAUCGAGACUACCGGGAAGGGCGGAUAACGCAGGAACGGUGGUUUUCCAACGCCAGCGACGACGCGAUACUGGCCUACAAGCUGCUGGUGCAAACCGGCCACGUGGACAACCCUAUCGACAAAAGUCUGGUGGCGCAGGUUCGUCUGGUUGACUCGGAAGGCGUAAUCAACCCGCGGGCGUUCUACAACUAUCUAUCGGCAUGGGCCUGGAACGAUGUACUUGCGUAUGGCGCGUCACAGGGAAACUUGCGCCCCGAACCGCGGGAAUGGUUCCAUUCGCCGAGUGAUUUUGAGCUGAAGAUUCCCAAGAGCGCCCCGCUGACCUACACGCAGCUUCCGUUCUACCUGCACGGACUGAGCGACACCCAGGACAUCAAGAUUAUGAUCGGUCAGAUUCGCGAACUGAGUCGACGGUUCGAAGCCCGUGGUCUGCCCAACUAUCCGUCAGGAAUCCCAUUCCUCUUCUGGGAACAGUACAUGAACCUCAGGCCGUGUCUGCUGAAGGCGAUCGGGUGCGCUUUAGUGGCUGCCUUCUGUCUGGUAGCACUACUGCUGCUGUCCGUAUGGGCUUCGAUCCUGAUCGUGUUCAGUAUCGUCACCAUGCUGAUCCAGCUGUUGGGGGUUAUGAUUCUGCUAGGAAUCAACCUGUCGGCCAUUCCGGCUGUCAUACUGAUAGCCAGCAUUGGGCUGGGCGUUUGCUUCACCGUGCACGUGUCGCUGGGUUUCAUCACAGCGAUCGGCAACCGCGAUCGACGAAUCAAACUGGCGCUGGAGCACUCACUUGCCCCGGUCAUCCACGCGGUCAUGACUUCAAUGCUGGCCGUCCUUAUGCUGUCCACCUCAUCGUUCGAGUUUGUAGUUCGACACUUCUUCUGGCUGUUGCUGUCCGUGCUCGUCAUCGGCGCCAUCAAUGGUCUGUUCUUCUUCCCAAUCCUACUGAGCCUGGUAGGUCCGGGAGCAGAAAUCAUUCCUUUGCAGUACGCCAACCGGAUAUCGACGCCAUCGCCUCCACCGAAACGAAUCAACAAAAUUUCGAACAAAGCCUUCAUCCUGAACAACAAACGAUCCUCGUCGAGGAAUUGCUCGAAAUCGCACCACCACCAUAAGCACAACAACGUCAACGUCAACAACGAACCCUCGCUGACCACCAUCACGGAGGAACCGCAGUCCUGGAAGAGCUCGGCCUCGUCCAUACCGUCCAUCCACGAGAAGAGCAACCUGAACGUCAACUAUGGCAAUCACCAGGCUCCGGAACUGCAGAGUAUCGUCCUCCAGCCGGAGGUCACCGUCGAAACUCACCACCACGGAGGUGAACACCAGAAUACGAAGGUAACUGCCACUGCCAACAUCAAGGUCGAACUGGUAACACCGGGUCGGGGAGCACCCCGAAUGGUCCGGACCAGUAGCACCAGCAGCAGUAGUGGGAACAGCAGCAGUUAACCAGUUGGUAGCUUUUAUUAGAUAAGUAUGUAUGCAUUUGUAAAUAGGACAAUUCCUUCUACAACUCUAAAUAAUAUCAUACGCUACAAUUUAUUUAUUUGUUUUCCCUCCCUCAAAAGAAGAAGUAUUAUUUUACUACUAGAGUAGCAAGGAAGUUUUUUGUCUAUUUACGCCAAUACUCACUAAAAGAUUGAACAACGUGUCUAGUGUUAAUAGCAUGAAAGCGAAUCGAUUGUGUAAUUUGUAUAGCAGCUUGAAAUUUGUUCCUCCCACUUUAUUCGAAGAGAAAGAUCAAAAGAAAGCAACGACGAACUGAAUAAACUAGUGUUAGUACGACUGUAACUCGUAAGACUCGUAUCUUCUGCAGUAUAGAAACAGAGAAUCAAAAUGUUGUUUCUCAAAAAAUUCUAAUCAUGUAUAAAACAAAUCCUAACUAUAUUAUCUAUAUUCAAUUGCGGGUUCGAGACACGAAGAUGCAUGCUUUAAGGCCAAAUAUUUUCAGUUUUAUAAACGAAAUUUUACUCCUAUAGCUUAUUUUGCCGUUAAACUGCACUAAAACUAUGUAUGUGUAAAUAGAAACCAAGAUUUUAAAAACGUGUACAAUUCCCAUAAAACAGCAAAAUAGAAAGUAUAUUUUUCCUGACAAAAGAUGUACUUAAGCGUAGCCGUUUACCCUGUACCAUAUCUACUGCAAGGCAAACUUAACUUUAAAUAAAAACCCAAUUAAUGUAUACCGAAAAUGAACUAAAGACAGAAACCAAACGCAUUUCAUCAGCAAUUAUCCAAUUGUUACAAAAACGAAACGAAAAAAUACAACAAAAACAAAUCAAACCUUACAAAUUAUUGUUACAUAAUUCUGAGAUUGUUUGGCUUCUAUUCUUUCAAAAUUAUAUCUUCUAAAAAAAGAUAGUAACUAAUAUAUUAUAAAGGAACACUAAAAGGUAAAACAAAAAAUUAAGUGUACAAUGAAAACAUAUUUCUAUCAUAAUUAAGGAUGUUACCAAUUUUGAACAACACCUAAACAAGCAACAGUAGAAACUUAAUGAUCGAAACAGAAAAAAACGCGGAAAAUCGAAUGUUUUGGGGUGUUACUCUUGUCCAUUUAAAAAAGCAAACAGAAUGCAAAAUCGUUUUUUACUAUUAUUAUUACGAAAAACAAGAAACGUUAAGGCAAACAAACAUUAUUACCCUGAAACAAACUCUUAAGAACUCUUAUUUAUUUAUUUUCUGCCCGUUGCUCAGGCGCAAAAGUAAGGUAGUAACUUAAAAAUAAAAUGAAAACCAUUAUUUUUUGUUGAUCGAGCUAAUUGGAGAAGGCAUCCAUGGACCAUGGAACCACAGUACAUAAACUUCUGAUCAGAAGGAUGAUAUUUGCUGUAAUUAGGUGCAGUGAAACAGGUUUAAACGAAACAAAUUGGUUUUAUUUAGGUAUGGGGGAUUGAGUGAUUGGUUGAUUGAAAGGUUCUCACGUUUUGAAUCAUGCUGAUGUAACUAACCAUUGUAUCACUGUAGUGUAGUUACAUCCGUGUGAUUCCAAACGUGUAAAGAAUAAAAUUUUGAACGAUCGGACUGAUUGGAUGAUGCACGACUGAGAUGUAGUAAGAAGUGGUCGGUAGUAACAAAGUGUACGCUAGGUAAGAAACAAAAACGGAAAAUUCUUAACGAGUCUAGUAGGUUAAUAUUAUUUGAGUUUUAUACUUGUGUACGGUAACGUGUUUCCAAAUAAAACAAGAAAAUGCUGCAAAAUAAAUGCAUGGUAAUACCUGUCACUAAAUAAAA